UUUGAAUAGCAAGAAAAUGACAGACACGAAUGAAACGUGCAAGCAGAGUGGAAUGCAAACAACACACUCUUUAAAAAAUCGCUGAUCCACGCUUUGGUUACAGGUGUACAUGUGGUUACAAACAUUUUUCGGCAGCAGCCCCCCCUCCGAAUCCAAAUGAAACGAAAUGGCACAACACGCUGUUUGAUUUAUAUGUGCACAUGUUUGACGAGAUCCGGCGGGGUUGGUGUUGGUUUUCGUGGGAGUGAAACGGGUUUAGGAUACGUUAGGAGACGAGGAUUGAUUUGUUUCACCUUACUAGGAAGUGAGUGUUGUGUCCGGGAAGGGGAGGGACUCCGACAACAAGUCUGGGGCGCUGCUGUGCUACUUACAGGGCUGCAUCAGUGCUACGUUUUAAUGCUAAAUACGCGAUUGUGGUGCUUGUUGAUUUUUUGCGCAACAAACAGAGAGGCUUUUUACAAAGCAUCGCGGUUCUGUUUUUGUUAAAAGGCGCGUUUUGCUCGGCUCUGCCCGGCCCGGCCUGCACGCUGCGCAGAAGGGGGGAGAAGCCUAUAGCGCAGGCUAAUGGCAAUCGGGCUCAUAGCUGCUUCAAACGUACGUCAAGUUUGAACUUUGUCACAUUUCGGAGCCAUGUCCAGCCUGCUGCUGCUGGGGAGAAACGGCACGAGAGCGAUUUCGGUAAUCGGCGGGGGGCGCAGAGGCACCGACGCACUUUCAGGAGUUCAUCCGGUUGCGCGGCGCUCCAUCAUAGAUAUGUCCUACUCAGCGCACUUCAUGGAUUUUAAAGGAUCCUCCAUACCGAGCAGUAUGAAAAAGCUGGUCGUAAACAAGCUCAGUCCGAAUUUUAGAGAGGCCGCUUCUCUGCAAACCGUCGCGGUUCCGACACUCGGAGACGCGGACUUGCUCGUCAGAAAUCGUUUUGUGGGAAUCAAUGCCUCUGAUAUUAAUUACUCAGCAGGACGUUAUGACCCCUCGGUGAAGCCCCCCUUCGACGCCGGUUUCGAGGGUAUCGGUGAGGUUGUUGGCCUCGGCCUCAGUGCCAGCUCCCGUUUCACCGUCGGGGACACCGUGGCCUACUUCAACAGCGGUGCGUUUGCAGAAUAUACGGUGGUGCCAGCCAAGGAAAGUGUCCCCGUCCCCUUGGUGAAGCCAGAGUUCCUCACCCUCCUGGUCAGCGGUGCCACGGCCUACAUCGCCUUGAAACGUCUGGGUGAGCUAACCAAAGGUGAGACGGUGCUAGUUACGGCGGCUGCGGGAGGAACAGGACAGUUUGCAGUGCAGUUUGCCAAACAAGCAGGUUGCCAUGUGAUCGGUACUUGUUCAUCCAAUGAGAAAGCCGGCUUCCUGAAAUCCAUCGGUUGUGACCGGGCGAUCAACUACACCACAGAAGACCUGGCUAAGACGCUGAGGAAAGAGUACCCAAAAGGUGUAGAUGUGGUGUACGAGUCAGUCGGAGGCAGCAUUUUAGAACUUGCAGUGAACUCUUUGGCCAAUAAAGGCCGCCUCAUUGUGAUUGGCUUCAUCUCGGGGUACCAGAGCGCAUCAGGGAUCCCGCCAUUCCGAGGGGGAACACUGCCGGUCAAGCUGCUGCAGAAGUCGGCCAGCAUUCGCGGUUUCUUCCUGCCGCACUUUUUCAGUGACUACAGGGAGGCUCUGGGUAGCAUGAUGCAGAUGUUUGCAAAGGGGAAGCUAGUGUGUGAGGUGGAUCAGGGGGAUUCUGCUCAGGAGGGGAGGUUCAUCGGCUUGGAGUCAGUCUUCCGAGCUGUGGACUACAUGUAUGCUGGGAAAAACCUGGGCAAGGUGGUGGUAGAAGUGGCACCACCCCCUGUUAGUAACAGUAAGCUGUGAUUUAACUUAAUGCGUUAAUGCACUAAAAAAAUCAUACUUGAACUUGAGUGAUUGUUAAGUUAAUAAUGGAAAAUUGUUGGGCUUUAGUCAUUUUUAUAGAGAUUAUAUUCUUUAUUUUUGUAAGAUAAAUGGUUUAACACUAUAAAUCUUUGCUUUCACAAAUAAACAUAAUAAGCAAAUUUAUUUUCUCUUAUUGUGGUUUUGGAAACUGUAUACAAUAAAAAAAUGUUUUAAUUAUUAUUAAUGUGUGGGUUCAAAAGUCCCUUAUUUGCAAUAAUAAAUUUAGUAUUAAAAAAAAUCUGAACAUGAACUAAUACCCAUGCAUUUAAGAUUAUAUUGCACAAAUAUUCCGAUUAAAAAUCACAAAAGGUACACUCUAAUUUCACCCACAAAAUAUUUUUCCUUUAUCUCACAUGCCCACCUUCUGGUACAAGUCCACCUCCAAAAUUAAUUCAGACCAGCUGCCAUAAUGUGCUUGCUUUUCCACACUCUCAGGCACUUUAUUCACCAUAAAUGUUUUAUGAUAGACUUCAUUGUUUUUCUAAUAGGGGCUUACGUUGGUAUGUGCUUGUCAAAAGUGAGUGCUGCUCCAGGUGUGCUUGGUAUUUCAUCGGCUGUUUGUGGCUGACAGAAACGGCAUUCACACAAUCAAUCUUUUCAUUCACAUGCCCCGAAGCUGCACAUAAUAAAAAAAAAUUAGCCCAGCUAACCAGGAGUUGGACUAGAAAAUGCCAUUUCUUUCCCACAGUGCAAGUGAAAAAAAUCAGUCACAGUGAAUGUAUUGUGGAAUGCCCUUUGACAUUUUUCUUUUCAUUUCCAUUUUUUUUUUUUGUAUUUAAUUAAGUUUUGGAAACAAGAGUAAAAGCAGCACAGCACGAGGGUAAAUUAAGUCACAUGGCAGAUCAUUUCCACAUAAAACCAAAGAUUAUUAUUGUCAUACAAAAAGAUAAGACUUAUGAGAAAAGUAUUUAUGAAAACUUGAAAAGCCCCAAAGUUUAUAAGAUUUCUUGAAAAGCGAGAAGCAGAAAAGAGCUCCUGUAU